AUGUCCGCGUCACUGAGAGCAGAUGAUAGUGGCACGGAGCACAGACCACCCGCACCGGCUCGACUGUACGACCCCCGCCCGGAAGGCGUCUGGACCCCGAUCAAGAAGAUCAAGUCCGGCAUUUUCGCUGGGCGAUUCAUGAGUGAUAUCGAGGUUGGCAAUCUUGUGUGUGCGGCCGAACUCUGCGACCCCAGAGGAGACCCUCCCCGGGUAGCGCCUCGCACGAUAGCCAAAGCUGCUAGAGAUCCAAGCAGCUCUCCGACCACAAGGGCAGCAGAACCCACAGUUAUGUCGCCAACCUCCUCGUCGAACAUCGAGGGUGACGAAGAGAGGAUUGGGGCGCGUGCUGGCAGCCAGCGGGCAGCCUCGCCCGCGAAUCUACCGCGCGCUUCAACCUCAAGACAUCCUGAAACCCCUGGUCAAGGCACAUCUGCCCGAAAUCGAGACAAUGCGCCAAAAACGCCCCCUCAAGCCCAGACGUCCCGAUCAUCGUCUAAGGGGUCUGAUCGCAGUCGAUCAGCAAGAGGGGGGUCUCGCGUUCGCUCUCGCGGCGACGACAAACGUGUCAUUGUGGGACGCAAUCUCUAUGGCAGUCUGCAUGUGGCGGGUAUCAGAGUAGCUGCCAUGGAUGGAGAGGCUGGUCUCUGGUUUCUUUUCACUUUUCGGUGCUACGACAUGAGCGCAAUCGACCCAGAACUAGGGCCGAUUCCCCAUCUCGUGGAUACCCAAUCCGACGAUUUCAGAGUGUACUCUCCUCGCAACUUCCCUGGCCUCCCAAAACCUACCGAGCUUGCAGAGCACUUCGCGCUGCAGGGAUACAAGCUCAACACCCGAAAAGUACGCCGAUGCGACAUUCAGAAUGCGAUGGCUGAUAUUCAGAACGAACGCCAGCAAGCCUCCCCCAAUCCCUCCCCACCCCCAUAG